AUGGAUCUAUUUCUGCAGUUAAGCUCCACUGCCAUUGUCUUUUCAAUUAUAUGUUUCUACAGCGUAUUGCUUAGAAGGUCAAAAGGUACUGAAGUUAGCAAGACAAGAAAUGCUCCUGAACCAGCUGGCGCAUGGCCGAUUAUUGGCCACCUCCACCUAUUAGCUGGUGGUGAUCAGCUACUUUACCGAACGCUUGGAGCAAUGGCAGAUAAGUAUGGGCCAGCAUUCAAUGUCCGCCUGGGAAGUCGAUGUGCCUUUGUUGUUAGUAGUUGGGAAGUAUUUAAGGAAUGCUUCACGACCAACGACAGGGCCCUAGCUUCCCGUCCUACAACAACUGCAGCAAAGCUCAUGGGCUAUGACUGUGCUGUGUUUGGAUUUGCACCUUACAGUCCAUUUUGGCGUGAGAUGCGAAAAAUUGCAACGCUUGAACUUCUUUCAAACCGUCGGCUUGAGAUGCUCAAGCAUGUUCGGAUUUCUGAAGUUGACAUGAGCAUGAGGCAGCUAUUCACUUUAUGGGCAAAGAACAAUUCCCUCCCUGUGCUUGUUGACCUUAAAAAGUGGUUAGAAGACAUAACACUUAACAUAGUUGUGAGAAUUGUGGCUGGAAAACGUUAUUUUGGCACAUCUGCUGAUUCUGAGGAAGCACGACACUGCCAGAAUGCAAUUAAUCGGUUCUUUCAUUUGAUUGGCAUAUUUACAGUCUCAGAUGCAGUUCCGCAAUUUGGGUGGCUAGAUUUUCGGGGCCAUAAGAAGGCAAUGAAGAAGACCGCUAAAAAGCUGGAUGCCAUACUCAAAGGCUGGCUGGAGGAGCAUCGACAAAGAAGAGUCUCUGGGGGAAUCAAGGAUCAGCAGGACUUCAUUGACGUCAUGCUGUCACUUCAUGAGGAAGGAAAACUCUCAAAGUUUCAGUAUGAUGAAAAUAUCAGUAUCAAGUCUACCUGCCUGGCACUUAUCCUUGGAGGUAGUGACACCACAUCAGGCACGCUUGCAUGGGCCAUCUCCUUGCUCUUAAAUAACCCCCAAAUGUUGAAGAAAGCACAAGAUGAAUUGGACCAGAAAGUUGGUAUGGAGCGGCUAGUUAAUGAGUCAGAUAUAAAAGACCUGGUUUAUCUGCAAGCUAUCAUCAAAGAAACCCUCCGCUUAUACCCAGCUGGUCCUCUUUUAGGGCCACGGGAAAGUAUGGAAGAUUGCACUCUUCAUGGGUACCAUGUUCCAGCUGGUACACGAUUGGUUGUAAAUGUUUGGAAGAUUCACAGGGAUCCAAAGGUUUGGCCAGAGCCAUCUGCUUUCCAACCAGAGAGAUUUCUGACUACCCAUGCAGACGUUGAUGUUAGAGGUCAACAAUUUGAGCUCGUUCCUUUUGGCUAUGGUCGACGCUCGUGCCCUGGUGUGACAUUUGCGCUGCAAAUCCUUCACUUAACACUUGCUCGACUCCUUCAGGCAUUUGAAUUGGCAACCCCUUUGGAUCAUCCUGUUGACAUGACAGAGAGUCCUGGUUUAACCAUUCCAAGAGCCACACCAUUGGAGGUUCUCCUUUCCCCUCGCCUCCCUGCCAAGCUCUAUGACUGA